AUGAAGCGGUUAUUUGACAACAACCAUUGCACCACUAACACGAGACUCAAUGGAACAUCUAACCCUGGGAAUCCACCCACUGGCUUCUGCGAGGCAGACUUACUGGGUCAGAUCAUUAGCGAUAAAGUAGCAGACAUCAUCGUGGCCAUUCUCCAGGUCGCCUUCACCGGAAUCUGUGCCUUCGCAGGCAUUAUCACCAACACAAUCAACAUUACAGUUUUCCUUAACAUGGGACUCCACGAUGCGGUCAAUGUCAGCCUCUUCAGCCUGGCCAUAGGGGACUUACUCUCCCUUGUCUGCUCCCUCUGGGAAAGUAUUUGUUUCAACACUAAAAUGGAAGACCUGGGGACUCCCAUAGUCUUUUCCGAAAUCGAGUAUGUAACUGGAUGUUGGCCACAUGUUUGUUUCGUAAGAGUUACCAGCUACGCCACAGCUUUCAUCACUCUAGAGAGAUGUUUGUGUAUAACGGUUCCUCUGAAAAUCAAAAGUAUCAUCACACCGAAAAGAACUAAAGUUGUCAUGGGUUUUCUCUUCUUUUUUGUCGCCGCCACUUCUGCUCCGGAAUUUUACGUUACACAACUGGGCUGGAAAUUCUACCCGGAAAGAAAUCGUACCAUGCUUGGUAUUCACUUCAUUGACGGCCGUGAGAAAUUCGAGAGCGUAACUUUGGUUAUGAACAACAUAGUUCUUCAGUGUGUAGCUUUCGUGUCUGUAGUUAUUUGCACAGUGGUUCUUAUUAUCCAGCUGAACAGGAAGGCACAAUGGCGACAGCAGUCGACAAGAGGCGAUGCAGCUAGUUCCGGUAAAGAUAAACGAGUUAUCAAAAUGAUCAGUUUCAUCGCUGUUAUUUUCAUCGUUUGUGAGUUGCCUUCUGUGGUCAACGUGAUCGCCAUGGCCUUUAACCCCCAAAUCCAUCCAUCCGGCAUCAACUACAAUAUGUUCUACGUCAUCUGGUCUGUGGUUUACGUCAUGGAAAGUGUGAACUCUACGGUCAACAUUUUUGUUUAUUUCAACAUGAGUUCCCGCUACAAAGCCGUCUUUACCCAGAUCUUCAUCCGCCCAGCGGACACCAGGGGUUCGAAACUGGUGAAAAACGUCACUGAACAGUGUCAGCUCUCGGGUACUCAAACUUCGUGA